AUGCACCUUGCUCAUGAGUUCAAUGUCUGCCAACAGCUGGGUAUCAUCGAAGUGGACUAUUUCGGCCUUCAGUUCUUGGGUAACAAAGGGGAACGACUCUGGCUGAACCUGCGUAACAGAAUAGAUGAACAGUUGGGAGGAACUUCUCCCUUCCGCCUUCAACUGCGGGUCAAAUUCUUCGUUAAACCACACCUGCUUUUACAGAUCUCUACCAGACACCAGGUGUACCUCCAGGUACGUCAGGAGGUACAGAAUGGCAGGUUAGAGCCCGUGGACCAGGAACAGGCCAUUCAGCUGAUGGCUAUGAUGGCCCAGGCCGAUUACGGUGAUUGCGACCGUCACAGUCUGUCCAAUCAGUGGGCUCUGUACAAAACCCUCCUGCCCAUCUCGUAUGGCUCUUCGGAGGACUUCUGGCAUGCGGUCAUUAAUGCUCACUUGACCCUACAUGGUCUGGCAAGAGAAAAUGCAGAGUACAAGUUCCUGGCCGUAACUUCUGACCUUUGUAAUUAUGGUGUGGAAGAACAUGUGGCUAAGUCAAUGGAUACCACGCCAGUAACUGUGCGGAUUGGUGUGGGACCAGAGGGUAUCCUCCUGCAAUACGAGGACAGGACAGAAUGCCAGAGGAUUGAGUACCCCAUGAUAAAGGAAGCAACUCACGCGGGGAAGUGCUUGUUCCUGACUGUCUUUAACAGCAAUCUGGAUGGAGAGGACAGCGUGGUGGCAGUGCGGUUAGUGAGUCAGCGAGGAGCGAACGCUCUCUAUAGGUGUGUCACAGAGAUGCACUCAUUCUACCGCUGUGACACAGUUCGCAAUGUGGUGCUCGACCAGUAUAGUCGAGACUUGAAGGGGAUGCUGGCAUCUUUCUUCAACGAGAACACCACUCUAGGUAAAAAAUAUGUGUUUGAUAUUCGGCGGACAUGUCGUGAGGUGUAUGACCAUGCCAGAAGAAAACUGUACGCAGACGGCCUGUGUCCUCAUGCUGAGCAGGCCUUAGCCAAGGGGACAGAGACGUCACCCCUUCAGCAGGAGGCAGGGCACGGGAAGAUGGAAUGUGCCACACCUGACCAGUGCAAGGUACAUGAUUUGAAGGAGAGACUGGAUUCUCUUCAGGAUGCCCUAACCUGUCGUGUGUGCAUGGAUGCUGGCAUGGACACAGUUCUCUGUCCAUGUGGUCAUGUGGUGUGUUGUGGAGCUUGUGCCCAGUGCCUGGAUCGCUGCCCCAUCUGUAGGGCUCCCAUAGAACAGGUACAAACAGUCUACCUUCCCUUACUGCCGCACCUCUCCCCGCAGACAACGGUGGAACAGUGUGUGAGAUUAGACACUGAUUUCGGAGCAACAGACACUGAAUUCAAUGAAGCUUAAUUGAAAAGUUCCAGGCACAUUUUUUUGUUUGGUUAUUAUGUCAUUGAAGACUGAUCAUUUUUCACUGGAAAGAUUGCGUGGUAUUAUGUGCAUGUGCUUUAUCAUCAGAAUCCACAGAGAAGUUUUGUGACUUUUACAUGUAUCACUACCACAAAGACUAUAUCACAAUCUUAAACAUUUUAUUACAUGUACCGUGUAAAACACUUGCCACAGAGACUACAUGUAUAUCACAAUCAUCAACAAAAUAUCACAAACACUAUAUCACUAGUAUCACAAAAACUUCUUGUGUCGCACUCACAAGCACCACCACAAAAACUGUAUCACAAUCAUAAACACUUCAUUGCAAGCACUGUAUCACAAACGCUUUGUGGCAAAGACUGCCUCAUAAACACCAUUGCAAACACUGCAUCACAAAGACCAUUACAAACACUUCAUCACAAAGACCAUUGCAAACACAACAUUACAAAGAUCAUUGCAAAGACUGCAUUACAAAUAACAUUGCAAACACUGUGUCAACAGCACCAAUACAAACACUGUAUCACAGUCCCAAACUAUGAAGAUGCGAAACAAUUUAUCAUUAUCAAUAACACUAUCACAAUCAUAAACUCUAUCACGGUCAUAAACACUGUAUCACAAGGCCAAGCAUUUUGUCAUAAUCACAAACACUAUCACACACUCUAUAUCACCAAUCGCACACUCCGUAUCACCAAUCACACACUCAGUAUCACCAAUCACACACUCCGUAUCACAAUCACACACUCUCUGUCACAGUCACGCUCUGAAUCACAUAAGGACAUGUAUUUUUAAAUCUGUGCAUAGACAUGAGUUGUAUUUUAUAUUGAAGUUUUACAGAAUACAUUUUACGUGGUUGCAGAUUUAUUGUAUGUGAUCUCUGGUGUGGGGAGGUUUCUCAGGAGCUGAUGCAGUUGAACAUACUGCACAUUCAGAUUUUUGAGCGUUGUAUAGGAGCUCAGUUUAACUGGGUUGUAUAGGAACUCAGUUUGACUGGGUUGUAUAGGAACUCAGUUUGACUGGGUUGUAUAGGAACUCAGUUUGACUGGGUUGUAUAGGAACUCAGUUUGACUGGGUUGUAUAGGAACUCAGUUUGACUGGGUUGUAUAGGAGCUCAGUUUAACUGGGUUGUAUAGGAGCUCAGUUUAACUGGGUUGUAUAGGAACUCAGUUUGACUGGGUUGUAUAGGAACUUAGUUUGACUGGGUUGUAUAGGAACUCAGUUUGACUGGGUUGUAUAGGAACUCAGUUUGACUGGGUUGUAUAGGAGCUCAGUUUGACUGGGUUGUAUAGGAGCUCAGUUUGACUGGGUUGUAUAGGAGCUCAGUUUGACUUCGUUGGACCAUGAUGUUCACCCUACUCAAUGGUCACACUGCAGCAUGUGCUGAGUAUAUUAGUGUCUGAAGCCCACAUUCAUCCACAUUCCUUUGUUUGUAUGUACAUGUAUAAGGCAGACAUUUUGGAUCUCAGAUAGAAUUUUAGGAUGUAUUAUGUAGUGAUACAAAGACUGGUUUGAUCAUUUGUCACAUUCCUUCAGAUAAAGAUCUACCAUAUAUAAAGGUACAUGAUAAAGUAUAGUAAAAUGACACAGUCUGAGGUUGUGCAUACCCCAGAAGACCUUUCAUAAAGAUGUGUGCAGCAUCUGUGUGCCAUUUUAAUCCAGUACAGCUUCAUUGCUUUGCAUGAAGCAGUAACUGACCUGAUAAUGUGUGAAUACCAUGUGAAUACCAGUCAGAUGGUUAACUUUCUGUGUAAAUCACAUCACCGUGUAGCGCUUUAACAUUUGAGACAAAGUCAGUUAGCAGAAAGUUAUGAGAAAUUUUGCUUGAAAAGGUUUGGUGAAAGUGGUGAAUAGAUUGGUACAUACUUGUACCUAUUAAAAUGACAGCAGUCCAGUGUGUACAUUCCAUGCAGAUGAAAGGAUAAGAUAGAUAUACAUAUUAUAUUUACAACAUAUUGCUGCUGUUGUGUGGUAGGGCAGCUGUUUCCUGGGAACCUCGGCUAUGGCUGCUGGCAGUUGGUUCCUAGAUCACCCAAGAAUCUCAGUAUCCUGAAGAACUGAAAGGCCAAAAGAGUUUUGCUAGGGCUGCACAUACAGAGAAAAGCCAAAAAAAUUCUGUUAUCUUUGAAUGAAAAGAAGUAAUUAAAAUAUGAUGGUGAAAAAAUAAUAUAAUUAUGCUAUAGCAAUAUACUGUAAAAUUGUUAUUAAUAUAGAUUCAAGUGUGUUGUUAAAUCUAUAUUUUUAUUGAUAUGCACAAAAUAAGAAUUAAAAAAAAGCCGUGUGAGAGUAGUAACAUUCUUGCCAUGUUGAAAUGUUUGUAAGGCCUAUAGAGAUAUGUUAAACAUACCAGUCUUAUUGUUAAACAUUGAAAUGCAUACAUUGUGUGGAAAAAAUGUUAUAGUUUGUGUACAUCUAGGAUGUGUAUAAAUUAUGUGGUGUAAAUAGUCAAUUCAUUGGCCAUCACCUUAAUUGUCAGUUGUUGAGAAUUUUGCAAACGUUGUUGUUGUGAUUAUGUAACAGUGUAAACAUGGCCAUGCUAUUGUUUAUUUGCCAGCUACUCCUAUAGCCUGUUGUGAUAAGGCUUACACAAGUUGACUGCCUUGAAAUUCUUACGGGCCUCUCAUGGAAACCUUCCAGAAAAACAUACUUCAUUAGAUGAAGAUUAUAUCUCAUCUGUGUCUAUUGCAUUUGAUUGUUAAGGUUUUACAUAUCAAAGUUUGCUUUUAAUAUUUUCCCCAAAAAUUUCUUCAUUGUGGGAGACAAUUUCAUUCCUGUAAUCUUUACAUAUUAAAGUAAACUUUUAGUAGUUCUUACUAAAAUAUUACAGAAUUGAAAGCAUCUGACAUGUUUUAUGAGUUCUGGUAGAGAGCACACACCAUGAGAAAUUUAUGUGUUAUAACACGAGUACAGGUACUCAGACUGGCAUGUCAGAGUUACUGUUACUUCCUGCUCUCUGACAAAGUAAAUCCCAGCUAGUUGAAACUUGUGUUCAACUUUGCAAUGGUAUUUCUGGAUGGACUCAACUUUUUACAGGUCAAGUUAUGUUUUAACACCCUAAGUGAUCUAUGUACGUAUUUUUGAUGGUCUCGGAUGUGUAGGCAUGUAUGUGACAAAAGAUACUGGUUCUUUUUCAGCGAAUUAAAUUUAAAACUAUAACAGUGCAUGUACAAGCUUCCGGUGUGCUUGCUUUUCCUGGUGCAGGCUUUUUGAUAAAAUCCAUGUUGUACAGAAUACUUAAAAAGGUUUAACAAAAAAAAGUUAAAUUGUCGUGAGAAAAAUUGGUAAUGGGGAAUUCUUGUGAUAUAUUCAUGCGUGUAUAUUAUGAACUAAAAUUUGACUAAGUCAUUGAAAGAUCAUUGUAUAGUUGGUGAUGAAACCAAGAUAUGUGAAGGUGAACAGAAAACAAGAAAACAAAUGUCUAAUUUAUGAAUGUGAUGUUUAAAGGUACAGGUGUUCGUCAGAAGUCAUUGCGUGGUUAUAGAUUGCAAUCUUACUAAAUUUUAUCAUGUGUGUGCAUUGGUGAGGAACAAGAAUAUGUGCAGAGAAAGUCUUUCAUGCCCGUAGCGUAUGGUUAUAGAGUACAAAUUGUGUUAUUGUAUAAAAUGGACUUGUACACAUUAAAAUGACAGACGUCAUUGAUACGGGUUUUGAAGGCCACAGAAAAUAUUAUUGUUAUAUCCUGAUAGUGUCUCUCUCUCUCUCUCCUUUUUAGACCGUGCACGUCUCUGUGGCAAAACUCAGCAGUUUUAGGCUACUGUUGUACCUGUUAGUGAAAAAUGUUGGGCGACAGAGAUGCGCAGGGUCUAGUCCUUUUAGUCCUUGGUGGUCGCAUUAAGUUGUGUACUGCCAGGAACCGCUGUGUGUGUAAUGUAUGUACGUGUCUAUGAAACCCUCGCUGUUUUCUCUAUCUUUGUCUCAUUACAUCCUUUAUGAAAGAAAUUGCCUGUGAUAUUUUGCGUUGGACGACAUCGAAUUGUUGGUAUCAGACAGCAAUAAAAAUUGAAACCUCUGAA